UAAAAGUGUGACUUGCUCGUAACACGUCAAUAUCACGUGCAUUAGGUCUCCAGCAACCACGAGUCUGACAUCAUCUAUCACGCUCGAGCUCACGGCAUGCAGAGCUGCAGCUACUCCGACCUGACGACGGGCGUUAGUGGCGCGCGCUGCUCGACUCAUCCCCUGCAGCUCGCUCGCUCGAAAACGCCGUACCACCUGCCUGCGCCCUACGCAACGAACAUGUGUAUCCGUCAAACAGUAGCUUGACUCGACAAGAUCGACGUGAUACUUCGAGCGUAGGAGUAUCAGUAUCAUGGCGUCUGACCCUUGACGGUUCGACAUGCAUUGACAUGGACAGAGUGGGAGUGGGUGGUCUGUUGGGCGGGGCUCAAUGCACACACACAAGUCUUAUCAUGAAACUUCAGUCGCUACUCAUCCAUUUCGGCCCCGCCUCUCUACCUGUUCUCCUGGGAUCUAUCCCGGCGCACGCCGAACCAAUCCCUCCCAGUGCCUCCCGAGAUUUCACUCUCGCGAUUGUCUCCACUCCGUCGGCCUCGAUAGUCCCUGACACGGUCAAGGAGAGUCUUGCGGUUUCGAAAGCAAUUGAUCUCAUUGUCACGAGCUUGCCUGCGAGUGCUCAUUCCAGCACUCUCACUUCCGAUGUUCAUUCGGCGUCCGCAUCGGCUUUGCUUUCCUCCACACUCUCAUUGGCAACGGCUGGCGCCGCGUCUAUCCAUUCUACGACCAGAGCACGGAGUGCCAGUCAAGCUGCAUCAUCCAUAUCCGCCGGCUCACCAUCUAGCCCGAUUUCGAAGUCGCAAGCCACGAGCACCUCGCCUCCAACACCUUCGAGCGUCGAUCUCAAGAGCUCACCUGCGGCUCCUGAAAACCUUGCUAGUCGGACUGUGUCCAUGAUAUCCCUGACCGCGGCUGCGACCGCGGGCGUCUUCAUCCCAUCCUCAUCUGCACCUUCCACUCCUUUAACGUCUCCCUCUGUCCCCGUCCUUGCUUAUGCGCCGGUCAACGUCGGUACUGACUACGGCAUUACGAGUUUGGUAUCAGCCCCCAUGCCGUCAACGACGAGCCCAGCCCCGGGAUCGCCUGGGCAGUCGGGGCUAUCCGCCAGCACAAAGCGCAUGAUCCUCAUCGUGGGGAUCUUCUCCGCUGCCAUGCUGACACUGUUCAUUGUGUUCAUGUCGACGUGUCUGCGACGGCGGCGGCGAGAGAAACAGCGUCGGAAAUGGGAGCAGGCUUCCGUCGAAUGGGGACGCAGCACCCCGAAGCAGGCUGCGCCAAGGCAAUACACCCCGCCCUCGAGCUGGGCGUCCGAUACCGCUCCCCGAGCCGUAGCGCCCGUUCACCGCCCCAGUUCCCCGCAGAAGUACCCACGCCCUCCGGCCCAGUACUCGGGGCUCCGCUCCCCUUCGAGCGCGACUCCGCUCAUCUCGCCGCCUCCCCAAGCAGUAACACGUCUGCGGUCUCCGCUGGCCAACGGGCACGUCCUGGUCGCUGAGCCCGGAUCACCGAGUCCUGUGACGCCGGCAUUCUCGCUACCGCCACUGUCCCCGGCACCGCUGUCCCCGCUGCCGCAGACGCCCAACUCGCCCUCGGGAUCGUCGGCAGCGUCCUGCGGGCUGGUUCCGCCGACGCCGAGUUUGGGGUAUGGCUGGACCCGGCCCUCGUUGGUUGGCAUCCAUCCCUUCUCACAGUCGUCGUCCUCAGCAGCGGCAGAGGCUUCAUCCUCUUCGUCGGCUGCCAGGACUGAACGAGCGGGGUCAGGGGCAGGGGCAGGGGCAAAUCUCGGUCCAAGCAUGAACGAAAAGUCCGCGGCGGCUCUGUUCCAGCUUACCCGAGGCGAUGCGCCUCAGGCGCUACACAGCGCGCCAGCGUAUCGGGAGAAAGACGGCGAGAUGCAACCCCGGGCCAGGGCUGAUAGUGAAAGCGCCCCGCCAUUGUAUGAGCCCUGACUGUAAUCUAUUAGUAGACCUACCACUCCCUCCUUUGGACACUUGUACCGAAUCCUCUCACUAGCUCAAUCCAAUCUUUGUUGUGCAAACUACCUGGCGUCUCCCCGACCAUUUGGGGUCAUCCGACGAGUUGUAAGUUGUUGUCAGCAAAAGUACACAAAAGUCU